UUCUCUGUGAGCUCCCAUUCAUUUCCUGAGAACUGCCCUGAGCAGCUGAGAGGAGCAGAGAGGGGAGGGAGUCACACACACAGAGAGAGAGAGAGAGAGAGAGACAGAGAGGACUGUAUAAGGAAGACAGUUUCUGUCGCUCUGCAGCUUCUGGUCAGACGCCAUCAAAAACAGGAUGUUAAUGCUAGACGGAAUGCCUUCAGUCCGAGUCAAAGCAGAACCUCUGGAAUCGGAGCGAGGGUCACCCAAAGUGCACAGUUAUCCUGAUAUGGAGGCCAUGCCAAUUCUUAUCAGCAAAGUGAAGGCGGAACCUCCAGAAGACCUGCUCUCUUCUGACCAGUUCCAGACCCAGACAGAGCCUGUGGACCUGUCCAUCAACAAAGCACGGACGUCAUCUCCUUCACAUAAUGCGUCACCCGUUACCUCAGCCUUCUAUCCGUCCUCUUCUUCAUCGUCACCUUCACCAUCUGUAAUCACCUCCGUCUCCUCGGGAAUGACCUCCAUGCUGACACCUGGGCCCUUGGUGGGAUCUUCUCAAAGAAUUAGGGGCCAGCAAUUUUUGCACAUCAUUCACCCUGUCCCCCCCUCAAGCCCCAGUAAACUACCCAGCCAGGUGCACCGUAUCCCCGUGGUGGUGCAGUCACUGCCCUUUAUGUACACCACAGCAGUACGCUCCCCCUCCAGCCUCAACUCCACCAUCAUGUUCCCUCUACUGGAUGAGGCCAAGUGUCAGGGUAAAGCACAAACAGGCCCCAAUGGUCUGUCGCCAAGACAAAUCAAAAGCGACAGUGAUGAUGACGACCUGCCAAACGUGACCUUGGACAGUGUUAAUGAAACAGGAUCCACAGCGCUGUCUAUAGCACGAGCCGUACAAGACUCCAUGUCACCAUUCAGUAUUGAGAGCAUUCGACGACCACAGCCAUCUGAAUCUCCAGAUUCCAAGAAGAGACGCAUCCACAGAUGUGAUUUCGCAGGCUGUAAUAAAGUUUAUACCAAGAGCUCCCAUUUAAAGGCACACCGGAGGACGCACACAGGUGAGAAGCCAUACAAGUGCACCUGGGACGGCUGCACGUGGAAGUUUGCCCGCUCAGACGAAUUAACUCGGCAUUACCGGAAACACACAGGCGUCAAACCCUUCAAGUGCGGGGACUGCGACCGAAGCUUCUCGCGCUCUGACCAUCUGGCCCUGCACCGCCGCAGACACAUGCUGGUCUGAUCUGGGUCUCUUCAACCAUUCACACCUACUUACACACACACAAGGAGAGCUGGGUCUCCCCCAAUAUCGUUCAGCUGGGCUGGACAUCACAGACAUGGCCAUCCCUGCCUGAGAGAGAAAUACAGCUAACAGUGUGAUAGGAGCUCAACGUGGUCCAUUCAGGAAGACAGGCAGCCUGUCAUCUUGAAUUUUGGAGUCCUGGAUGUCCUUGUCUCAAGUGCCGCUUGAGCGCGUCAUGUCUGUUUAAAAGAAUUCUUCACUUGUACAAAUGGUUUGUUUUCCGGUUUGUCUUUCUGAAUCAUCCUAGUGUUCUUUUAUUUUAAGAAAUCUACAAUGUGAAGAAAUGCCGAACGGAUUGGAUGUACUUGUUUAUCUGGUCUGAACGUCGGCCAGGUGCUGGCCAGGAUCACACAGGGCAAAUGGAGAGAUCGACCAUGAAUAGUAUUGUUGCACAAUUUUUGCAUUUACCUUUUUGUGGAAAAUCAGAAGCCAGGAGGAUCGAAGACAGAUCAGGAGGUUGUGAUGAUGGAUGAGAGAGGCCAGUGAUUCGGAAGCAAGAAGAACAGAGAUGAUCAUCUACAGGUCAACACACCAGCGAAUGACACAAAUGAUACAAAAACAUAUCAACAUUUUGAUAUAUGCUCAUUUUAUCUUCAGCUGCCCCUUGAAACUGAAGGCUUUGAUACACUUCGUGUUGAAUUUGAUUGCUGAAUGAAACAAAGUAUUAUGUUAACAGAGCUAAUAUUAGUCAAUCCGGGUGAUGAGGGUCUGCUCAGACAGGUAAUGCACGGCAGAAGAGCAAUAUUCUGAAUUCCUGGAGGGAGAGCUGGCCUGGUCCACUUCUCUGUGCUCACAUCAGGUGGUUUUGAAAUAUGGACAAAACAAACGAUUUAUAUCAGUGCCACUUUUUUUUCUAUAAUUCAAAUACCUCUUCUAUUUAUAGUGGUAACUUUAUACAGUAUGCAGAGGAAGUGUUUUGAAGAUUGAUUCUGGAAUAUGAAGCUUAUGAGCAUCUCAAAUGCAAGUGUUAAUGGUCAGUAACAGCUUUGCCCAAAUGUAAGAAACUGGCUUUUUAAAUUCAGCAAAUAGUCAUUCUAAGUUUGACAAACAUCGGCAAAUCGUUUGACUGUAACUGGGGUCUCAUUUAUAAAACUGUGCGUAGUAUCCUUACUAAAAGUGUACGUGCUGCCGAAAGCCCUAAAUAGCGUACGCCCCAAAAUAUUCUGAUUUAUAAAACCGUGCGUACCGUGUAAAACCGUGUAAGCAAUAUUCGCUUUAUAAAUCACAGAUCACCUGCAAGUGUGCGUACGUGAAUCAGCCUCAUAUCCCGUCCUGUACAUGCCCAUUUUUACCCAUAAAUAGUCAAUGCAAAGCACCUCAUGAAUGCUGAUUCCUAUAUUAAUAAGCCUGGCAUCCAAUCCGCUUGUUAAGCCUGACGUCACGCACCAUAAUGGUACCAUUUCCGGGUCCAACCGCUGUCAGAUGCCAUAGAAAAAUAACAAAAAAUGAUGUAAAACUGCAAAAAAAACCCGAUCCCAUCCUUUAUCUCCCUAACGAAAUCACAUAUGGCCACACAUGAGAUUCACUAAUUAAUAAUUGUUGUAAUAAUUAAUAUUAUUAUAAUUAGCCUAUAUUAAAGCCUAACAAGUUCUCUACAGCAUUUAAAUGUUUACAGCAUUUAGACUGAUCAUUAACACCUCAUUAAAAUCACCUCAUUAAUCAGCGGUGUCCUUCACCUGAGAUCAAAUUUGAAGACAUAAUUGUAAAAGACGAAUGUUUCUUCAUUCCGGUUUUGUUAUGAUCAUAGUUAGGUCUGAUAACUUGUACAUAAAGAGAAACGAUUGUGCGAGAGCUUAAUGGCUGUAUUCCAGACUUUGACAUUUGAUGAUUAUGCACAGUAUUUAAGGAAAAUAUAUUUAGUAUUUAUUUACACUGUGUUCUGCAGUUAUCGUAUUUCCUGUAAUCCAUGCAGUCGGAUCAUCUCCUCCUCAUGCGCUCAUAGUAGAUGGUGAUAAAAAUAUUUAGAUUGAAUUUUUAUUUAAGAUUUGAGUUGGAUUUCACAAGAAGGUGCAUGAAACAAGUAUCACUCAAUACAAGCGCAAAUAGCUCUGCAGAUUUAAUCUUCGUGAUAAUGUGGAUCUUUAAGGUCAAAUUAAAUGUGUGUGAGGCAUUAAUGCGUAUAAUCGUUUUUAUCACACUGACUUUCUGCAGUCUAACUUGAGUUCACUAAAUCACCAUCGGUAUCGCCAUACUGCUCUGUCUCCAGAAUGUGCGUACGCAUGGGUCAGAGUUUGCGUGCAGGUGCGCAAAUUUUUCCGUCCAGUUUGUUUUUAUAAAUCCCAUAUUUUGCGUGGGAAGUGGCGUACGUUUUUUUCAGGGCAUGUUUUGUGCGUACGCAACGGUUAUAAAUGAGGCCCCUGUCUUUUGGUAAAAGCGUCAGACCGAAUUGACAAUUCCCAAAGUGACCAGUAGAGGGCAGUCAGUGGUGUGAGUUUCAAUGUGAUCUCUGAUAGACCCCACAAUUGUUAUUGUUUGGUGUAUUUCAUAUUUUCUUUAUUUCCAAUGUCCUUUAUGCAGUCAUGCUCCUUUGUUGGAGUUCCUUGUUGAAAAGAUUUAAAGAGAUUAAAUGAUUUACUGAGCCAUAUUCAUUGUAAUUAAAAUCUGUACUAAUCUUCAAUCUAUAUAUACAACAUACACUACAUAAACAAGAUAUGUCAAAGAAGCAAUACCACACACUUGUGAAUACAGUUUAUACUUUUACAUACUGAAAUGAAGCCGCUGUAUGUUUAAUGGUGUGUUGGUUGUAUUUGCGCUUUUUACACAAGCUUUCUUCUGCCCUUAUGGUCCAUAAGCACUUUUAAGUGGUUACGAAAAGCCACCACGAUCACUUCUCAUAUGACCAGACGCUACCAGAUUUUAAAGCCACUUUACAGUCUGCCUUUGCAUGGCUGACUAAAUCUGCAUCCUUUUUGUCAUCAACAAAAGGACAUUUCAGUUAAAUGUAGUGAAAUGCUGUACAAGGAAAUCUAUCAAAAGCAACAUCUGUUGGAUCAAUUUGUCCAUUCGAGAUAUAACACGACCAAUUUGUUUCUUUCUAUUCUGAAGUACUACAAAGUACCAUGUUGUAUGUUCCUCAGUAUGUAUUUGUGUACAAAUGCGUGUAUUCUGUUGUAUAUGGGCUUGAACAUAACACAAGCACCUUGUUUCUAUGAAGUAAUUAUUUUAAAAUAGACAUGACAUUAAUCUCCAAUGUAUCUUAUCAUAUUUUGUAUUUGAGGUGUGAUGUGAGGCACUUCAUCUGCAUAUGACUAUUUUCUGUACAAAAAAUACUUUUAAAAAUGUUGUAAUAUAUGUGGAAGUGAAAAGAGAUUGCUCAGUUUUACAGGCUGUACAUAAAAUAGGGCUUUUUUAAAAUACAAGGGAUUAUCUUUAUACAUAUGCAGAUUUUUCUGAGACGCUGUUUUGGGUUAAUAUAAUAAAGUGUUCAGCUGUGCUGUGUGUGAGAAUGCAGAAGGCUCUGUCUUCUAUAAUGCACACGCACAGUAGUUGCAUGCGUUUUCUUUUGUUUUGAACAGUCAAAUCAAAUACACAUCACAGUAUUCAGGCAGUGAUGCCUCCGUAUAGUACAUUUAGCAUUAUUUCAGUGUUUUUGUACUGACUGUAAAAUGUGAUUAAAGCGUGAACCCAAUGAAACAAGUCUCCCCUGCACAGUAUUCAACAGUCAUUACCAACAAAUUUACAAAUAUGAUUUUUUGUACCCCUCUUCUAUGGCAUUUUUGCAUGAUUUUUUUGGCAUAAUUUUGUAAAGGCAAACAGGGUCAAAGUUAUGCAAUAAUAAUGAGUGCCUAGUAUUAUCAACAUUAUGUCAUACGGGAAGUGUGUGCACAAGUACUAAAAACACACAGUGUUCUACAAAGAAGAGCACCUCAAGUUGCCUGAAUACCCAAACACGACACAAAAAUCUUUUUUUUUCCAAAUGCACUGAGCCUUUUGUACCAUUCUGAAGGUGAAGCUGUGAAUUCCCAGUGUUUGCUGAACAUUCUGUGUGUGUGUCUCCUAUGGACGCUGCAUUAGAUUUGUAUGGUAUUACUCUCCUGCUUAACCGGACUCUGUUUUACCUCUGACUUUACAAAGACACGUGAACGUAUUCUUCAGUUUCCACAGAGCAGUCCCAGGAACUCAAUGUUAAGACACUGGUGGUACAGUGUUAGAUCUUAAUAAUUCCUCUGUGAACAACAUCGUUCCCUCUCAAGUCUCUGUAAAAUAUUGAUUUACUUUCUGUAUUUACUUUGGAAUCAGUAUAUUUACUCCAUUGCUUCUGUUUUGUUGAUAUUCUGUAAUGAUCUUGUAUUUAUGUAUAGUGUGUGUAUUGUAAAUAUUCAGAGAUUUUUUUGGUUUUACUGUAAAGUUGUGAUAUUUUACCCUGCUACGCUUCAUAGGGAGUUCCUUUACAUUCAAUCCUAUUGGAGGAAGUCACGUCCCAAUCGUUACAAAGUGUGUUCAGUUUUAUUUCGGUUCUUCAGCAGUCGUCUAAUUAUUCUGUGCUUUUCGCUAUUCUCUGUAUUUUCAUUUUUCAGAAGAUUGAGCUGUGAAUUGAGGUUACACAUUAUACUUGUUUGAUGAUCUAAUCGGAGGCAUGGAAGUUAAUAAAAUUGCAUUUUGUAUGGAAUAUGAAUCUGCAUAAUCAUUAUUUCCACUCAAUCUCACUGCGCAUCAUAGACAUUUCAAAUGGUUACCAGAAUACAAAAGAAAACGCAUUUCAUCUCAUGCUGUAGAAAAGGGGUGUGGU